ACACACUUCUCGGACAUCUUGGAUGGGCCACACUGAGAUAUAAACCAUGGCAAGUGAGGACUUGAAGCUAUACUGUGAGACUAAGCCACAAGAGUCAGGAAGAAGGGGGAUCAUCAUCCAGCUGACGGGAACAGAGGGUGAAUGGGACAGCCUUGAUGACAAUAAGCUUGUAAUCACAUUAGACAAAGAUAGUCAAAAGUGCAUUAACUCUGCCCCAAAACAACAGCCAACAGACACAGACGAGGAGCAGAGUCUCCACUCUCCUUUGUUUCAUGUUACACAGUCAGGAUCAUCACCAGGCUCUUUGGAGGACUGUUCAUUUUCCAGGCCGGGCUUUCUCUCCCCCUCACAUCGGCCUCUUUCCAGUCUGGUGAAGUCUCUGUCCACAGAGUUGGAGCUGAGAGAUAAAUCAUCUCUCAAGCCCAGGCCUCUUCUCAGCUUGGUCAAAUCCAUCUCAACUGAGCUUUCUCGCAGUGAUCCUGAAGUGUCCCAAUCCAAGUCAGGCUCCAAGUUAAACUUGCACCUGUGGACACAGCUCACACAAUCUAAAGGCAGGAACGGGGACUCCAGAACUGCCCCGCCAUCUCCUGUUCAUCAGUCCUCAUCUGAGACCAAAACAGGCUUUUUUAAAUUAGAGCUAGAAGACACUCGGCGGAAACUCUCAGAGGCCAUGCAUGAACCGUUUAAUGUUUUGAGUAAAAUGAUGCUUGAAGAGAGUGUGGGUGGUUCCAAACACAAGACCACAAGCUCCCUGGAUUCCCUUUGCUCUAAAGGGUUUGGAAGAUCAAGUGGUGAACCUGGAGGGACAGAGAAUUUAAUAAGUAGCAGUAAAAUAUUGGAAUGUGAUGGACUUCCCAUGUGUAGGUGCUGUAGGAAAUGUCUUCACAUAUCCUGCCAUUCUGCCAGUCACCUUGGCCUACUGGAAAGUGCAGAGGUCUCCACACAUGAAGAUACCUUCAAAGGCAAAGAUAAAAUAAACAAAAACAACAUGUCAGCAGACUGUGCCACAGAGCAACCAUCAUCACCAGUCCCUUGCAUGGGUCUUUUCUGUGUUGCUGUCAUUUCAUACUGCUAUUUUAUCCUGCCUCUGUCCUCUUACUGCUCAGGAAUAGUUUUUGGCUUGGCAUUUGGCUUUUUGCUGGGGCUGCUACUUAUUCAUUUAGGAUUGACAAGGCAACCCUAUACUGCUCAACAACGUAGAUGUCAUGAGAAGACAUAUGACUGCAUUCAGAGUAGAAUUUCAGAGAGCAGCGAGACCGUAAUUAAGGGCUGGCUAAAUCAAAUGUUCGUGUAUGAUCCUGAAACGUACCAUCCAUCUCUUAUGCACUCCGUGUAUGCAACGCUUGAUGGACCAUGUAUUCGACUGGACUAUCCACUAAACAACAUUUCUCACUGGGCCACCUUCAAUGAGCUGGUACAUGAUCAGAGCUUUACCUACUCUCGAACCUUCCAGCUUAUUGGAAGCAAGGUGUUCCUGCUGCCCAUGCCUCUGGCACGUAAGAGAACGUGGAACAGGAAGUACCCCAUAUGUGUCACUCUGGCUAGAGAAGUGAAGCCGUCAGAGGAGGUGGAGGUCCAGCAUGAAGCACCCAUCACUGAAAAGACUAAACUUUAUCUCUCUAAAACCAGCCACACCAGCACACUGUACCUCUUUGGGAGAACAGGAAGAGAGAAAGAGGAGUGGUUCCAUUACCUUCUCUUAGCAUCCAUGUACAAAAAAGAGGGCCAGCAUGACUCCACUGAUAUACCUGUGUUAGGAGAAGGGAGCACUUUCUGUCCAGUACAGGUCACCACCAGCACUGAGAACAUCUCCUGUCCGUCCUUGUUGCCUGAUGACCAUGCUGGCAAAGCGAGAAACAUUUUGCUGGACUACACCUCCUACAUGACGAAUCUGUUAUUCUCAGCAGAUGGCAGUCCUCCACCAAGUUCCUGGCAUGACUGUAUGCAAGGCAGUCCCAACAAUAAUGAUCAGAAUGCAUUUUAUCAUCAGGACGAAUUGCAGCUCGCCUGGAUUAAUGUCUUGAUUGGCCGAAUCUUUUGGGACUUUCUUCGUGAGAAGUACUGGGCUGAUCAAGUUCAGCACAAGAUUCAGCGAAAGCUGAGCAAAAUUAAGUUGCCCUACUUUAUGGAUGACUUGACAUUGACUGAGCUCUCUAUGGGAUCUUGUAUGCCACAGAUUACAGGCACAUUUCUGCCACGCAUAAAUGCCAAAGGUCUCUGGCUACCCCUGGAGAUCGUGUACACCGGAGCCCUGCAGAUGACAUUAGAGACAAAAAUUAACCUGUCCAGACUGGGCAAGGAAGGAUCCGCAGUCCGAAACACAGAGACCCACCAAGUUUAUACCAGAUCCAAACUUGCUGUUCUGGCUGACAGUGAUGAAGAAUCCUCAAGUGCUGGAUCCACUGAUGAAGACGAGGCUCAGUCCAGUGAACCUGAAGUAACUAUAGGAGAAAAGGCCAGCGUUCCUAAUGAAAGUGUCGUGGCUGGUGGCAGCACAGGGCGGCGGAUUUUAAGAUUUGUCGACAAAAUUGCUAAAUCCAGAUGUUUCCAGAAAGCCGCUGAAAAUGAGUACAUUAAAAAGAAGAUAGAAAAGAUGUCUAACAUGCCUCUGCUGCUUACUGUCGAGGUUAAAGAACUUUCUGGAACACUUUCUGUCAACAUUCCACCUCCUCCUACAGACAGAAUCUGGUACGGUUUCUGUGAGCCUCCAAAGCUCGACUUGCGAGUCCGACCCAAACUGGGUGAACGGGAGGUGACUUUCUGUCAUGUCACUGAAUGGAUUGAGAAGAUGCUUCAGGAUGAGUUUCAGAAAGUGUUUGUGUUGCCGAACAUGGAUGACAUAUACCUCCCUUUAAUGUGCUCUGCCCAAGAGAGCCAGCCUUCACCCCAGCAUUCUCCAUUACAGAGAUCCGACAAGGCCUGCGUUCUGGAUCAGUCUCCACAAAUAUAG